GUUGGUGGAGUAAGCGACCCGUGCUGUCAGCCAGCUGGGAACCUCCUCCUUACUUCCCCUCACACGCCUCACUUCUCACUCUCACCUCUCACCUCUCACACCUCAUUCUCUUGUGAGGGGCUGACGGUAGAUCAUCAUCUUCCCCGAGAGGUGUCGUGGAGGACCGGGAGACACGCGAGAUAUGACUCUUAAGGCCUUUGACUUGGUUUCUGUGCUGGAUAGAACAGACCUUAAGAUUGAGUGUUUUGAAGCCAGUGGAAAUGAUCUGUACCUGGGAUCAGAUGGCAGCAUUGUGGUGCAUUUUCUUGUCGAAGAGCGGAUGCACAAUGCCACUGGCAAGAUAUUUUAUUCCACAAACAUUAUUAGCCAGAAGAACCUUGGAACAAAAAAGGCGGUUGUUCAGUUGAAGACUGCAUCUGCCCUCAGCCGUGUUAUGGCAUUAAGUGAUGGGAAUCUGUACCUCCUUGAUUCUGAUGUCCUAAACACCAUUGGCUCGGGCCCUAAGAUCAAGAAUGUCACUGUGUUCUGUGUUAAUGAAAAUCCAAAUACACUGGACCCUUUUACUGUUCAGUUGUGUGUUGGUAAAAGAAGAUGUAUACAAGUCUGCUCUCUUCAUGAAGACAGAGUCUCCUUUCUAAAAGAAUUGUCAACACCGGAGCCUGUGAAUGUUGCAAUGGAUGGAAAUUUUGUAUGUGUUGCAGGACAAGGGAAUUAUUGUGUGUUCAAUGUGGAAACAGGAUCCAGUCAAGAUCUGUUCCCAUAUGAUGCUACUACAACCUAUCCACAUGUCAAGAGAAUAGCAAAGGAGGAGUUUUUAUUAGCAGGGCCAGGCAACCUUGGCAUGUUCGUAACGGCAGCGGGCAUCUCCGAGCGUCCCCCAAUCCAGUGGAUGGAGAGCAUAUCGGCUGUUUCUUACUACCAUCCAUACAUAAUAACUAUUACCAAUCAGUUUAUUAGAGUGUAUAGUUUGAUUGACCAACAGCACAAACAAACCUUGAACUUUUCUGGUGGUGAAUUAGUUGGAAACUUUGAUGGUCAGCUUUAUGUGGCUGCCCACUCGUGCAUCUCCUGCCUCAUGCCUCAGCCCUGGACUGUGCAGGUUCAGACCUUAAUGGACAGUGAGAGAGUAGAAGAAGCUGUUGAGUUGGCAGAGCACAGUGGAGCAGUUGGAAUGAGUCAAGAACAAUAUCAACAGUUGUUCUGUACACUGCUUCAGAAGGCAGGCUUUAUCAAGCUGUCCCAUGGGGUCUACGAUCAAGCUCAGGAAUAUUUCCUCAGGGGCUCUGUUGAUGUUAGAGAGGUUAUCAGUUUGUACCCAGGCCUUUUGCCAGCAACUGUUGAGUUCAUGCGAGCUCAACCACCCCUGCACCACAUUGCUGAUAUAGCCCAAGCAAUGCAUGGUGACCAAAACAAGAUCGAGGAUGCAAAAACGUUCCUCUUUGGGUACCUCUUGCAUCUUCGAAACUUUGGGGAGCCCAUCAUGUACAGGACGGAAGUAGACACUGCCAUCAUCAAACUGUAUGCGGAGAAAGAAUCUUCUGACCUGCUGCUAUUCCUUGAUAGUGGGGACAUUGUGUGUAACUUGCCUGAGUGUGCACAGUGGCUGGAAGCCCAUCACCAGUACUCUGCCCUAGCUAAACUGUACAGAGUUCUUGGUGACCUUGACAAAUCUCUUGAAGUUCUUACACGACUUGUGAGAGAUGAAAUUAAAGACAAGCAUUUUAAAGGCGUACAAGAUUUGGUGGACUGCUUAACCUAUGCAACUGACCCAAAUGUUGUAUGGCGCUACUCAGACUUUGUGUUGGAUCGAAAUUCAGUGGAAGGCAUACGGGUAUUUACAGAAACUAAUGCAACGUUGGACCCCUCGCGCGUCUUGCAGGUACUCCAGCGUUAUCCAGAGGCAAGAUUAGGAUUUCUUCACCAUCUAAUUGACACAAAAAAAGUACAGGAUGAAAAGUAUCACACAGAGCUGGUACUGCACUAUGUAGAUGAGGCAGUGAGACUGAUAAGUGACGGACCAGCUUCUUCUGAACGCCUUGAGGAGGUUCGAGUGAAGCUGCAAGAAUUGCUCACUUCCUCUUGUUACUACCAACCUCAACCAGUACUUACCAGGAUGCACGGUACUAGUCUUCAUGUAGAAACGGCCGCAGUAUUUGGAAGGCUCGGUGAACAUGAAAAAGCUCUCUCUAUGCUGGUUCAUCAGUUAAAGGACUUUGCUGCAGCUGAACAGUAUUGCAUAGCACAGACCAGAGGGCCAAACAAUAUAUCUAAAUCCAAUAUCUUCCUCAAGCUACUUAAGAUAUAUCUACGACCACCACCUGGGGGUUCUGAAGAUGAGAUAGAACUUGCACCAGCCAUUGAACUUUUGUCAGUUCAUGCUGGGGAUUUAGAAGUAUCGGCAGUCUUAGGUCUUCUUCCACCCAGCUGGUCUCUCAGUAUUGUACAUCAUUACCUUCGAGCAGCUUUAAGAAACUCUUUGCACCAGAGUCGAAUCAAGCGAAUACAACAAACACUUGUUCGCACUGACAACAUACAACAAAAGUUCAUCCUGUAUAAGCUCUGCAAAGACAUGGGCCCCAUUCCAGUAGCUUCAAACAGAAUAUGUUGUGUGUGCAACCGAGGAUUCUCAAGCUCCGAGUUCAGCAUCUACCCCAAUGGAGUGAUGGCUCACCUGGCCUGUGCGCCUAACCCCAGCGUCUGUCCUCUAACCGGCACCGUUUUUCAAGUCUCGCGCGAGGUUACCAAGCCUAAGACGAAGGAGCAGUACUCAAGAUGAAGGGAACACUAAUCUUUUACGUCUGGUAACAUUUCAUUAUUAAUAUGCUAUGGUUAAGCAAAUUGUUAAUACAGUAUAUUAGACAAUAGAAAUGAUGUUUCUUGAUGCAAUUUAUUAAAACUUUUAACAUGUAGAUACUAGAAAUAUUGUUACAAUAAGCUUUGUGUGAUCGAGAUUUUGCUUCAAAGAUAGUCAGAAAAAUACUGUAUUUUGAACAUGGUUGUGAUCUUUCAAUUAAUAAUCCUUCAUGUAAUUAUCAUAUAAAGUGGCCCCUCUGUUUACGAAUAUAAUCCAUUCCCAGAGACAGUUCGUAACCCGAAAAUUCACACCCCAAAACAAAUUUUCCCAUAAAAAAUAAUGUAAAUUGAAUUAAUCCGUUCCACACUCUCAAAAAUAUUAACUUCAAAAUACAUUUCAUACCAAAUACACACAAAUAUUUAGUACUAUAGUAAGUACAAGUUAUAGCUUACCUUUAUUGAUGACUCUUAUUGGUGUAUGGAAGACGGUGAGGAGGGGGGGAGGAGUAGAGGUAUGAGUGUUUGGAAGGUGAGUCCCCUUCCAUUAUAACAUCAAGCAGUGAUGACAUUUCUGUGGUACUCUCCUACGUUUUGCAGGCAUACCACUAGGAACUGGUUGUGGCUCACUGCUUGCUUGUCUUACUAUGAAUCUAUCUAAAGACAUUUGUUUUUCCCUACAUUUUAACACUUGUCUGUAGUGAGACAUCACAUUGUCUUUAAUAAGGUCAUUGCAAUGGCCUGCUAAAGCUUUAUCUGGGCAAGUCUUUUCAACGAAACUUUGCAGUUCUUCUCAUACUGCACACAUUUUCUUAAUUAAUGAGGAAGGGACAUCUUCUACUGCCUCUUCCUUCCCUGAAGAUUUGUUGUACUGGUUAGCUAGUUCAACAACUAGUGUACUA